AUUAUUUUAAAUUUUAAUGACAGAAACAAUUGAAAAUCUACGUGACUUCAAUUAUUACUAACUUUCUAAAGCUGUCAAUAAUACAAUUGUCUUAGCAGAAUAUAUUUGGAUUGAUGGAACAGGUGAAUCUUUAAGAUCAAAAACAAAAGUAAUUCACACGUGUAAAAUUAUUUUAGGUAUAUUAAACCCCAAUCAAAACACUUGAGGAUUUAGAGUGGUGGACUUAUGAUGGAUCAUCUACUGAUUAAGCAGUGACCAGAUUUUCUGAAAUUUAUUUAAAGCCAGUUCGUGUAAUAAAGGAUCCAUUCAGAGGUGAUCCUCAUAUUCUUGUCUUAUGUGAAACAUACCUACCAGAUAAAAAAACACCAGCAAGAUAUAAUUUUAGGUAAUUUCAAAUCUUUUAUUAUUCGUUUAGAUGGAUUGCAAAUUAAAUUAUGGAGAAAGCCAAAGAUCAUAAACCAUGGUUUGGAAUUGAGCAAGAAUAUUUCUUAUUGAAAAGAACAGGAACAACACAUUUAUGGCCUUUAGGAUGGCCAACAGGUGGUUUUCCUUAUCCUUAAGGUAGAUAUUAUUGCUCAAUUGGCGAAAGAAAUAAUUUUGGUCGAGCUUUAGCAGAAGCUCAUUUGAGAGCAUGCUUGAAUGCUGGAAUAAAAAUUGCUGGAUUGAACGCUGAAGUGGCACCAUCAUAGUGGGAAUUUCAAAUAGGAAUUGCAGAAGGUAUUGAAAUUGGUGAUCAUAUGUGGCUUGCAAGAUAUAUUUUGGAAAGAAUAGGAGAAGAAUUUGGAAUUGAUAUUAACUAUGAUCCUAAACCUAUUUUAGGAGAUUGGAAUGGCAGUGGAGCACAUUGCAAUUAUUCUACUCUGACAACUAGAUCUGAAGGAGGAUAUAGAUAUAUUGUAGAUAAAUUAAUGCCUAUUCUUAAAGAAAAUCAUCUUGAAAUGAUUAAGCUUUAUGGCUAAAAGAAUGAGCUUAGACUAACAGGUAGACAUGAAACUGGAAAAUAUGAUUAAUUCUCUUGGGGAGACGGAUCAAGAGGAUGUUCUGUUAGGGUCCCAAUUAUCACUAAAGAAUAAGGAUAAGGGUAUUGUAUAAGUUUAUUGAGUUUAGAUAUUUUGAAGAUAGAAGACCAGCAGCCAAUAUAGAUCCAUAUUUGGUUUCUGCAGCUCUUGUUGAUGUAACUUGUUUAAAUGGUGAACAUCUUAAAUAAUUGAAUUAAAUUUUUGAGGACUCUUUAAAACCACUUGGAUAAUAAAUAUUUUAAUAGUAAAAAGAGUAAUUUUAGCAAUAAACCUAAUGA